UGCGGGCCCGGGCCCCGCCGCCUCGCUCGCCCGGGCCCCGCCGAGGUCGCUGCGCCCCCACCACGGCGCGGGAGGACGCGCCCCAAACUCCCUGAACUUCAGGAGUCGUCCCCGAGAGGUGAAGCUCUCAGGGACACCCACCCCGAGAGACGCUCCUCGACGACCUACUCUCCCCGAGCCCCCAGCUGACAAGUGCCUGGACUCCGACGGCCUCAGGGGCCUGGCUGGAGCUGACUGUCCCUAGCCCCGUGCCCGGCCACGAUGCUCAUGAGGAAAGUGCCGGGCUUCGUCCCGGCCUCCUCGUGGGGGCUGCGGCUGCCGCAGAAGUUCCUCUUCCUUCUCUUCCUCUCCGGCCUCAUCACCCUGUGCUUCGGGGCCCUCUUCCUGCUGCCCAACUCUUCUCGCCUCAAGCGCCUCUUCCUGGCCCCCCGGACCCAGCAGCCCGGCAUGGAGGCAGUGGCCCAAGUCGCCGGCCACUCUCUGGCCCGCGAGCCGGAGUCACCUCCCAACCCGGCCCCCGCGGUUCCAGCACCAGGCAAGGACGAUCCCAGCAGCCAAGCCAGUCCCCGCAGUCGGAAAGGAUGGCCAAGGCGCACCCGCCUCGUUGAGUUACGGGAGGAGGUUGCCGCGGCCCCCCCCAGACCCCAGGAGGGGAGCAUCCAGUCUAGCUUUGACUUCAACGCCUUCAGGAGCCGCCUCCGCCACCCGGUCCUGGGGACUGGGGCCAACAAGAGUAAGGAGCCCCAGAGCCUAGUUCAAACCCAAAGGGAGAAAAUCAAGGAGAUGAUGCAGUUCGCCUGGCAGAGCUACAAGCGGUACGCGAUGGGGAAAAACGAGCUCCGGCCCCUCACCAAAGACGGCUACGAGGGCAGCAUGUUCGGAGGCCUCAGCGGGGCCACAGUCAUUGACUCCCUCGACACCCUCUACCUCAUGGAGCUGAAGGAGGAGUUCCAGGAGGCCAAGGCCUGGGUAGAAGAAAGCUUCCACCUUAAUGUGAGUGGAGAAGCGUCCUUGUUCGAAGUGAACAUCCGGUACAUCGGAGGACUCCUGUCAGCUUUCUACCUGACGGGGGAGGAGGUGUUCCGAAUAAAAGCCAUCAAGCUGGGAGAGAAACUCCUGCCAGCCUUCGACACCCCCACAGGCAUCCCAAAAGGCGUGGUGAACUUCAAAAGCAACCGUGGUUCCAACCAGAGCUGGGGCUGGGCCAUGGCAGGGAGCAGCAGCAUCCUGGCGGAAUUCGGAUCCCUGCACUUGGAGUUCCUACACCUCACCGAGCUCUCUGGCAACCAGGUCUUCGCAGAAAAGGUCAGGAACAUCCGAAAGGUCCUUAAGGAUCUUGACAAGCCCUUCGGCCUCUACCCCAACUUCCUCAGCCCUGUGAGCGGGAACUGGAUGCAACACCAUGUCUCGGUUGGAGGACUCGGGGACAGUUUUUAUGAAUAUUUGAUCAAAUCCUGGCUGAUGUCGGCCAAGACUGAUAUGGAGGCUAAAGACAUGUACUACGAAGCCUUGGAGGCAAUAGAGACCCACUUGCUGAAUGUCUCUCCCGGGGGGCUGACCUACAUUGCUGAGUGGCGAGGGGGGAUUCUGGACCACAAGAUGGGGCACCUGGCCUGUUUCUCGGGGGGCAUGAUCGCCCUCGGCGCUGACGAUGCCAAGGAAGAAAAGAGGGCCCACUACCGAGAGCUCGCGGCCCAGAUCACCAAGACGUGCCACGAAUCGUACGCCCGCUCAGAUACCAAACUGGGGCCCGAGGCCUUCUGGUUUAACUCCGGCCUAGAGGCCAUGGCCACGCAGAUGAGCGAGAGCUACUACAUCCUGCGGCCGGAGGUGGUGGAGAGCUACAUGUACCUGUGGCGGCAGACCCACAACCCCAUCUACAGGGAGUGGGGCUGGGAUGUGGUCAUGGCCUUGGAGAAAUACUGCCGGACAGAAGCCGGCUUCUCCGGGAUCCAAGACGUGUACAGCACAGUUCCAAGCCACGACAACAAGCAGCAGACUUUCUUUCUAGCGGAGACACUAAAGUAUCUCUAUCUUCUGUUCUCUGAAGAUGACGUGCUCUCCCUGGAAGACUGGGUGUUCAACACGGAGGCCCACCCACUCCCCGUGAACCACUCGCACAGCUCGGCCAGGGGCGGGGGCUGACGCACCCCCGGCUCUCUCGGCUCCCGCUCCCGGGCCGCCUCUUCGGGAUUUGGGGCUGUUCUCAAAUGGAUUGGGGAUGGGGGCCCCUGCCUGGACCCGGCAGAUGUGUUGGACAAGCCACUUCUUUUCCUCUGUGAGGAGACAGGACUUGGAGACGCGACUGUGUCAGCCCAGGCCCAGACAUUCCUCUCCACGGAGAAUUUCUCUGAAACCCGCUCACUUGCCAUUCCAGGGCCAAAGCACCAGAGGUUUGCCCUGCAACCUCCUGUAUUUGGUCCACUUCCUUUUGUUUAGGAUUUUCUUUUUUUCAUUUUUGCUUGAUUUUUGCCUUUUCUCUCCCAUUGUGUUUUAUCGCAGAUUACAAAUGCAGCUUUCAACAUCAUGUGCUUUCAAAAAGGGUGUCAUCUCGAUAAACUGAACAUUAAAGUGUUUGCACACACACGAAUCUUGACCCCAUUUUCUAUAUUUUGAAUUCCUUUUGCCCAAUAUUUACUAUACUUCAAUUAUGUGUAAUUUACCUUAUAAUUUGAAGAGAGGUUCCCCUUUGAUUUGGGCCUAAGUGUUACGAAUCACUAGUGCCGUUUUCAUUAUUGUAAUGGAAAAAUCUGUAAACUUACAAUAAAAGAGUUUAUUGAAUAAGAAA